UACCACUUUAGGCGGAAGCUGUAUGCAACCCGUCGAAAAGGGCAAUAUAGCACGAGGUUAUCACGCGUUUUACGACCUCAUCUUCCAGUUAUACAGCUUAGUCGAACUUUUUGGUCCUCGACCAAUCUCUUUUGUAUGAGUUUCCAAUUGCUAGAGUCGUGACGGGACGCGAUAUGAUCACGACCGUCACGGUCUCGACCCCGUGGUCGAUGUUGGACUCAGCGGAGGAUAUAUCGACACAGCGGACCUACGAGGAUGAGUUUAAGUACUUUAUCCAUCCGCAUUCUUAUGACAACGCACCAUCGCCUGCCCGCAAGCGCCAGAGGAUUGUUCCAGACACUGCAUUAGCUACCAGCAAUGAUACGACAUCAGCACAACCAUCCGCGCAGGAUGCGAUUCGCCUUCUAGUAUGCCGCCUUGUCAAUGAAGCUGUUCGCGAUGUAAAGUUUCGCCGACUACAGGUAGACAACCUUGCAGUACAGGUUGUUGGAGAGCUGGUAUCAAACAAAUCGUUUUGCAAAAGGAUUGCCACAUCUGAUGGCCACCUUGGCCAUAGAUUACGGCUCAAAGUAGAGCUCGCUGUUGAGAGUUUAGCAAUACAGCCUUGCUUUUGGUUGUCCGAUGACAUGAGAGGUAGCCAAUGCCUUGUACUAGAACACGACGAUUUCCUUUUCAAGUGCAUGCAACAGUGGUACUCGCUAGAUCGCCAGCCAGUUUUACAGUCGCUGCCCACAUUGGCGGUGCUACCCUCUCGUCGAAACGGGCCAAGGUCAAGGCCUUCAUCUCUGACAACAAAGACUAAUACAUCUCGCCACCAAAUCACUUCAAUACCUCAGCUGGUAUACAAGCCGUACCUAACUGUCAAAGAACGCAUGGCUAUUGCCCGCGGAGUGGCCCGCUACUCAGAUGCUGUUGAUCUAUUGACCAGCCCUCUCGUUUAUCAUGUGGAUUUUACAGAUGAAGAGAUUGGCGCCAUUGUCGAAACACUAGGGGGUACAUUCGAGCCAGGGGUGCCGCCAGCGAUCUUGUCAAAGCGGAAUACCAAGGGCAAUGUGCUGGCACUAGUCGGUCCUCGACUGCCACAUCGGACACAGGCCAGCAUUCGAAACUUUCUAAGUGAUGCUCAGGAUGGCAUCUACAAUUCCUCACAGAAUCGACACAUAUUAUCAAUCAAGAAACACACCUCUGCAAAACGCGGCCGCCGACUUGACGAUCUCCAGCCUCUUCUUCUUGCUCGAGAGUUGGAUGGCUUGAGGGGGUUUGGCCGAACCCGAACACGGUUCAACUUUCAGGCUGAGGUGGUAACCAUAUGGGACGACCAGCUCAGCGUUGUCUCGGAAUAUACAAACUGUGCUGGAGAUAUCUCGACUAUCUCGUGGCUGCCUGGUCACAGCUUUAUUUGCGGCACAACAACACACUCCGACUCGCAUAAUCAGCAAUACAACAAACAGGGCAAUCUGUUGCUUUGCUCUACUACAAAAAACCAACUUAAAGCCUUUGAUGACCAUCGAAUCCCACGACCAUUUGUCAUGUCUGGCGAAAACUCUACUGCGGCGAUGCGUGAAAGCCAAGACCCAUGGCUAUACUCAUCUGUCGUUUCUUCAGACUACGACGCCAUGACCAAGCAAGCAUUCACAUCCUCUUUUGACGGAACCGUCAAGUCAUGGACAGUAGACAAUGACGGUGUCCAUAUGAAGUCAACUUCCACCUGGCAACAACGAGGGCGAGUCAACUUUGUCGCCUGCGCAAAGGACGGUUCCGGGCUUGUUGCCGUCGCCGCCGAUGUACCAACCGACGCCAUCCGCAUAUACAACACCAAGGCCAGCGAUGAGGCAGACACCCUCCAUAUGUCACUGUCUUGUUCCAGAACCGAUGCCAAUGGAUCAGACCGCUGGGCAUACUUCCCUGCGACAUUGCAAUGGGGCAUUUGCCCAGCGUCCCAGCAUCUCCUUCUCAUUGGAUACUCUCCGCGAUCUCUGCGCGAUGGCGCUGACGACGAUAUCCCCGAGGAGAAGCGCAACACGGGCGAGAUUGCCCUCUGGGACACACGGCGCAAAUGUCGACUACUGGUCCAAGCAGCCACUACAGCAAACGUCUUUGAGGUGGCAUGGCAUCCCACGCUCUCCCGCUUCCUUGUCGCCACGUCCCCGUGCGGCGUAAUGGUCAACGGCAGGACCAAAACCCAAGUACAUAUCUUCCAGCAAGACAUUGACCGACCAUUCGACUGCUACACGGAAUUCCAGGCGCUCUCCUGUCCCGCUGUCGAUAUCAACGAGCUCACGUUCCGCCCAAACUCGCUCUUACACGCUUACGUCACGGCGGGCUGCACCGACGGCUGCGUCUAUGUCUGGGACACGGCCCAGGGCGACACGCCCGUUCAUGUCUUGCGCCAUGGAAAGCCCAUCGACGAAGUCCACGGCGACCGUGAACAUUUCGACACUGGAGUCAAGUUCACAGCCUGGUCCAGCUCCAGCGACAGGUUCUACACUGGCUCCAGCGAUGGCGUCGUCAAGGUCUGGAACGUGCGCAACCCAACACAACCAUUCCUUCGAGACCUCCUCAAGGCGCCGGCACCCAUAUCAUGUGGUGCGUUUUCUCCCGACUUUUCCUGGCUCGCCAUUGGCGACGCCUCAGGGCGAGUAUUUACAUUCUCUACUACUGGUGCUCGCGGGACAAUGUCCGAGGGUAUCAAGAUAGCAGGGACGAACCGUGUGAUUCGCCGUCCACGAACGUUUAUUCCGCAUCCCGAACCGCCAGCACAACCAGUUGAUGGGCAGGACAUAGAGGCAACAGCAGAACUUACCAGCGCGGAGAUGGCGCGGCAGUACCUGACCAACCACCAGCUCGUUCUGCAUCGCAACCGCGUCGUAGGAGCAGUUAAGGGGCCUGCGUACAUGACGACAAACCUGUUCCGUGCAGAUGCCCAUCUUGAUAGCGACCCGAACUUGCCGCUGUUGGCGGAGUAUGAGAAGCUGCAGCAGGAGACCCGGCACGCUAGCACUGGCGGCGUGGUGCGCAAGAUGCGUGUGCUGGACGAGUUGGUUGAGCCGCUCUCGCCCAUAUUGGAAUCCCUGCGUUGCCAGUUGCACAAGGUCAACUUGAGCAAAGACUUUGACCCGUCCUGUUUGUCUAGUGAAGAGGUGGCUGCUCUGAACAAGGAUGGCGUUGAGCUAGAGGCCGACUUUGGAUUCGACUACGACGACUGACGAUGUAACGAUAUAUGUAUUCAUACAACUUUGCAUUUAUAGCGCCUCGCAAGCGAGGACGGGCGUUUCUUUGGUAAUUUAACUGAUAUCCAGGGCAGAGGGGAUGGCUUACCCUACUUGUACAAUUAACGUUAAUUAGAGACGCAAUAGUUAAGUAACCUGGCGUGUAUUAGUAUCAGGCAUGGCACGAAAAAGGACAGCAGUGAAAGAAUUCGAUCUAUUACGAC